GAUGCCAGAGAGAGGGCCCCGCUGUCGGGCCCUGGUUCGAGGAGAGGGUGCGGCUUUCACGCACCAGGUUUUCCAACAGAAACUGGCCGUGAGGCUAAAAGCCAACUCCUUGAAGGAAGGGCGGUCACGCUCAGCGGUUUCUCGUCACAGUGCUCCCUCCACCCGCCACGGGUGUAAGCUGCGCGGCUCCUUUGAACUUCCCCCUACUCGCCGCCGCCGGCUCCGCGGGCGUUCCCUGGUGGAGCGUAAGUUCCGGGUGCGGCGGCCGACUGGGCGCAACAGGAAGAGGCGGGGCCGCGAGGCUAGCGCUACCGUUGCGCCUGCGUGGAAGGACUCUGGCGAGUCCCGGCAGAAAGCUAGCUGCGGAGUGCACGUGGAGCGCGUCCCGAAGAACAGUCUCGGGCCUUAACCCGCAUUCUGUACCAUGGGGCGCAAAUUGGACCCUACGAAGAAGGAGAAGCGGGGGCCAGGCCGAAAGGCCCGGAAGCAGAAGGGCGCUGAGACAGAACUCGCCAGAUUCUUGCCUGCAGUAAGUGACGAAAAUUCCAAGAGGCUGUCUAGUCGUGCUCGAAAGAGGGCAGCCAAGAGGAGGCUGGGCUCUGCUGAAGCCCCUAAGACAAAUAAGUCCCCUGAGGCCAAACCAUUGCCUGGAAAGCUACCAAAAGGAGCUGUCCAGACAGCUGGUAAGAAGGGACCCCAGUCCCUAUUUAAUGCUGCUCAAGGCAAGAAGCGCCCAGCACCUAGCAGUGAUGAGGAAGAGGAGGAGGAAGACUCUGAAGAAGAUGAUGUGGUGAACCACGGGGACCUCUGGGGCUCCGAGGAUGAUGCUGAUAUGGUAGAUGACUAUGGAGCUGACUCCAACUCUGAGGAUGAGGAGGAAGGUGAAGAGUUGCUGCCUAUUGAAAGAGCUGCUCAGAAGCAGAAGGUCCGGGAAGCUGCUGCUGGGGUCCAGUGGAGUGAAGAGGAGACGGAGGACGAGGAGGAAGUGACCCCUGAGUCUGGCCCCUCAAAGGAGGAGGAGGCAGAUGGGGGCCUGCAGAUCAAUGUGGAUGAGGAACCAUUUGUGCUGCCCCCUGCGGGGGAGAUGGAGCAGGAUGCCCAGGCUCCAGACCUGCAACGAGUUCACAAGCGGAUCCAGGAUAUUGUGGGAAUUCUGCGUGAUUUUGGGGCUCAGCGGGAGGAAGGGCGGUCUCGUUCUGAAUACCUGAACCGGCUCAAGAGGGAUCUGGCCACUUACUACUCCUAUGGAGACUUCCUGCUUGGCAAGCUCAUGGACCUCUUCCCUCUGUCUGAGCUGGUGGAGUUCUUAGAAGCUAAUGAGGUGCCUCGGCCCAUCACCCUCCGGACCAAUACCUUGAAAACCCGACGCCGAGACCUUGCCCAGGCUCUAAUCAAUCGUGGGGUUAAUCUGGAUCCCCUGGGCAAGUGGUCAAAGACUGGACUAGUGGUAUAUGAUUCUUCUGUGCCCAUUGGUGCCACCCCCGAGUACCUGGCUGGGCACUACAUGCUGCAGGGAGCCUCCAGCAUGCUGCCCGUCAUGGCCUUGGCACCCCAGGAACAUGAGCGGAUCCUGGACAUGUGUUGUGCCCCUGGAGGAAAGACCAGCUACAUGGCCCAGCUGAUGAAGAAUACGGGUGUGAUCCUUGCCAAUGAUGCCAAUGCUGAGCGGCUUAAGAGUGUUGUGGGCAACUUGCACCGGCUGGGAGUCACCAACACUGUUAUCAGUCACUAUGAUGGGCGCCAGUUCCCCAAGGUGGUAGGGGGCUUUGACCGAGUGCUGCUGGAUGCUCCCUGCAGUGGCACUGGGGUCAUCUCCAAGGACCCAGCCGUGAAGACUAACAAGGAUGAGAAGGACAUCCUGCGCUGUGCUCACCUCCAGAAGGAGUUGCUUCUGAGUGCUAUUGACUCUGUCAAUGCCACCUCCAAGACAGGAGGCUACCUUGUUUACUGCACCUGUUCUAUCAUGGUGGAAGAGAAUGAGUGGGUGGUAGAGUAUGCUCUGAAAAAGAGGAAUGUGCGACUGGUGCCCACAGGCCUAGACUUUGGCCAGGAAGGUUUUACCCGCUUUCGAGAAAGGCGCUUCCACCCCAGUCUGCGUAAUGCCCGACGCUUCUACCCUCAUACUCACAAUAUGGAUGGGUUCUUCAUUGCCAAGUUCAAGAAAUUCUCCAAUUCUAUCCCUCAGUCCCAGACAGGAAAUUCUGAAACAGCCACACCUACAAAUGUAGACUUGCCUCAGGUCAUCCCCAAGUCUGAGAACAGCAGCCAGCCAGCCAAAAAGGCCAAGGGGGCUGCAAAGACAAAGCAGCAGCUACAGAAACAGCAACGUCCCAAGAAGGCCUCCUUCCAGAAGCCGAAUGGUACCUCUAAAGGGGCAGACUCAGAAUUGUCCACUAUACCUUCUGUCAGAAAGACCCAAGCUUCCUCCAGGUUCCAGGAUAGCAGUCAGCCAGCUGGAAAAGCCGAAGGGAUCAGGGAGUCAAAGGUAACUGGGAAGCUAAAGCAACGAUCACCUAAAUUACAGUCCUCCAAGAAAGUUGCCUUCCUCAAGCAGAAUGCCCCUCCCAAGGGCACAGACACAGAAACACCGGCUGUGUUAUCCCCGUCCAAGACUCAGGCCACCCUGAAACCUAAGGAACAUCAUCACCCCCUUGGAAGGGGCAAGGGGGUUGAGAAGCAGCAGUUGCCAGAGCAGCCUUUCAAGAAAGCUGCCUUCCAGAAACAGAAUGACACCCCCGAGGGGCCUCAGCCUCCCACUGUGUCUCCCAUCAGUUCCAGCCGCCCCCCACCAGCAAAGAGGAAGAAAUCUCAGUCCAGGGGCAAUGGCCAGCUGCUCCUGUCUUAGAUGGUUGAAAACUAGACUGGGGUGGCUCACUGCCAUUGUCACCGGGUUGGAACUUUUGCCUCUAUGAGGAUGCCUUCUCCACUGUGCAUACCCAUGAAAUUUAAUACACAUUUUACAACCUCUG